AUGGAGAUUACUAAAGCUAUACAACUCCACAUGAAGCAUUGGAGGGAUGCAUUUUGUGAGGAUGCUGACAUCGGAGGGGGUGCAGUCUUAGAUUUGGAUGAUUCCCGUUUUGCAAUGUGGUUGGUUCAUAAAGAGCUACAUCUCCUCACGGCUCUUUGGCGGGACAAGCUUCGGCCUGACAAGCUUGGUAAGGCAGCUGAUAAAUCAGGGGAUGAUGAAGAUCUAUAUUCCAGAGAGCAUAACCCAGAAUUCCUCGUGGAGAGUUGGAGGAUGGAAAUUGCUAAUGCUGUUGACAUCUCAAGAUGUGCAGUCAGAUCCAGAUAUAAAAUGCUAAAGGCUUAUAAUCAGAUAGAGGACCUCGUGAAACAUUGGAAGUUCGCACUUUGUGAUGCUGCCUGCAUCGCGAGGUUGGUAGUCCUGCAUUACAGAAGAAAAAAGGAUAAUGAGAUCAACAUGCUCGUGAAGCAUGCUGGGGACGCACUUUGUGAGGCUGCUGGCAUCUCAGGGUUUGUAGUCCUCAAUUCUAGGAAUGAAAGCGAGGCUAUAAAAAAAAUCGUUAACAAUGUUACAAGUUUGUUGGACAAGACAGAGUUGUUUGUUGCCAAUAAUCCGGUCGGAGUAGAACCUCGAGUGCAAGAAAUGGUUCAGUUACUAGACCAAAACCAAUCAGACGAUGUUCUACUACUAGGGGUAUGGGGAAUGGGAGGCAUUGGAAUGGAUCGGAAUGAUGUUAUACAUAUAUUAAAUGGUUGUGGACUUUUCCCAGAGAAUGGAAUACGUGUCUUGGUAGAGCGAAGCCUUGUAACAGUAGAUGAUAAGAACAAACUUGGAAUGCAUGAUUUGCUACGGGACAUGGGAAGAGAAGUUAUUCGAUCAAAAUCACCAAUGGUGCUUGAGGAACGAAGCAGGUUAUGGUUUCAUGAGGAUGUGCUUGAUGUGUUAUCAAAAGAAACUAAACUCAGGUUGCUUCAACUUUCUGGUGUGGAACUUGUUGGAGAUUUUGAAUAUCUUUCGAAAGAUCUUAGAUGGCUUUGUUGGCAUGGAUUUCCUUUUGCCUUCAUACCAACAAGCUUUUAUCAAGGAAGUCUAAUUUCUAUUGAGUUGGAAAACAGUAAGAUUACAAUGAUGUGGAAGGAGACCCAGAGGAUAGGCAAGCUGAUGGAGAAGUUGAAAAUUCUUAAUCUUAGCCAUUCACAUUAUUUAACAAAGACUCCAGACUUUUUGAAUUUGCCUAAUCUUGAAAAGCUGGUACUCAUAGAUUGUCCAAGCCUGUCUGAGGUUUCAUAUACCAUUGGACAUCUCACCAAAGUUCUCCUACUAAAUUUUCAAGAUUGUAUUAGCCUUCGUAACCUUCCAAGAAGUAUCUAUAAAUUGAAAUCUCUUAAAACACUCAUUCUUUCUGGAUGUUUAAAGAUUGACAAGUUGGAAGAGGACAUAGAACAGAUGGAGUCUUUGACGACCCUUAUUGCAGAUAAGACUGCAAUAACAAGAGUGCCCUUUUCAAUAGUUAGAUCGCAAAGUAUUGGAUAUAUUUCAUUAUGUGGUUAUGAAGGAUUUUCACGCGAUGUGUUUCCCUCAAUCAUUUGGUCUUGGAUGUCACCAGCAAAUAAUCUCUCUUCUUGUGUUCAAACAUUUGUGGAUAUGUCAUCACUUGUUGCUAUAGAUGUUCCAAAUAGCAGUUCCAAUCAGCUAUCAUAUAUCACUGAGGAGCUUCCAAAGCUUCAAAGUCUUUCGAUAGAGUGUGGCUCGGACCUUCAACUUUCUCGAGAUACAACAAGUAUUUUAGAUGCUUUAUAUAAUUCAAAUUCUGAAGAAUCAGAGUCAUCUACAACUACAUCACAAAUGCAAAAUAAUAUGCCUACAAGUGAUGACAGUGACUGUUUGCUCCCUGGUGACUGUUAUCCAGAUUGGUUAUCCUUCAGUAGCAACAAUAACAACGGUUCUUCUGUGACUUUUGAAAUCCCUCAAGUGAAUGGGCGUAACUUGAAGACAAUGAUGUGCCACAUCCAUUAUUCUUCCCCUGACAAUAUAACAUCAGAUGGCCUUAAAAAUUUGUUGGUGAUAAAUCUCACAAAGACCACCAUUCAGCUUUAUAAAAGAAAUGCAUUAGCAUCGUUUAAAGAUGAGGAGUUGCAGAGGAGGGUACUAUCAAACAUAGAGCCUGGAAACAAGGUGCAAAUUGUUGUUGUUUUCUGGAGCAGAUUAACUGUUAUCAAGACAACAAUUUAUCUUAUAUAUGAGCCAAUUGAUGAAAAAAUGGAGCACGAGCCUGCACCAAAUAACACUCCAAAUAACAAUGUAAUUGUUCCUAGUUACGAAUCUUUAUGUGCCGUCAGGUUGAUCUCUCCUGAAGUGGAACUCGUGCAGAACUUGAAGUGUGUUUCGGAGAAAAGCUUAACUAAACGCUUAUUGAAUAAAUUCUUACCAUGUAAGUACUUUUGUAAAGGAAAAAUGGAGAAGAAGAAAAAUCAAGGUUAA